GCGGCGCGGGUUCUCCUCGGCGCCGCGGCGGCAGCAUCCUCCUCCUCCUCCUCCUCCUCCUCCUCUCGCUCUAUUUUCUCUCCUCCGCUCCUUUCUCCAUCGUUCCCUUCUCCUCCUCCCUCCCCUGCCCCGGCUCCCGCCCCACUGCCCCCGGGGCGUUAGGUCCGAGGACCCGGCGCCGGGGCGGCGACCGCGGGGCACCCGGACCCGCGCCAGACUUUAUUGAUCUGAUCCCAGAUAUCUUGUGACUGCUGGCUGGAAUUAAGCACCAGAAAUAAAUUGCCUGCUGUUUAUUAUCUGGACACAGAGUCCUAAUGGCUUCAGUUCAUCUACAUGUAAAUUACUCAGCAUUCCAAACCACAUCAGACCCAGGAGCCAAGCAUCAAUUCUUCAGUUUGCUGUCUGUCACCGAGGAAGCGUUGAUUGGGAAUCACUCAUUCAGAAAAUUAAAAGAGAGAAGACAGAACCUAUUAUUAACCCUUUGAGAACACAACGUCACAAUCUUUACCAUUUUACUUCGUCCUUGAAUAGGACAGGUGACAGGUGUUGAAGAAUGGCAGAUGAUCGGAAAGAUGACGCGAAGGCACCUCACUGGACCUCAGCUCAGCUAACGGAGGCCUCUGCACACCCACAUUCACCUGAGAUUAAGGACCAAGGCGGGGCAGGGGAAGGACUUGUCAGAAGUGCCAAUGGAUUCCCAUUCAGGGAGGACGAAGAGGGCACCUUUGGAGAGCAUGGGUCACAGAGCACUUACUCAAAUACCAAAGAGAAUGGGAUCAAUGGAGAGCUGACUUCAGCUGACAGAGAAACAGCAGAGGAGGUGUCUGCCAGGAUAGUUCAAGUGGUCACAGCUGAGGCUGUCGCGGUCCUAAAAGGUGAACAAGAGAAAGAAGCUCAGCAUAAAGACCAGCCUGCUGCCCUGCCUUUAGCAGCUGAAGAGACAGCUAAUCUGCCCCCUUCUCCACCUCCGUCACCAGCCUCAGAAAGGACUGUCGCCGUGGAGGAAGAGGAAGCAGCGCUAGAGGGUCCAGUGGCUGAGGAAGAGAAGCCCGGCCCUCUUCCUGGGAAAGAGUGUGGGGCUGCCAAGGUCUCAGGCCCACCCGAGGGCCUUGGUGAGGGCCCAGUGGAAUCUAGGCUGGAGGCCCGUAGAGUUCCCGAGGAGACAAGUGUGAAAGAGGUCACGGAGGUGUCUCCGGAAGUAAAAACCCCUUCCUCUGCCCGGGAAGGUUUACUUACAGCCUCGAAGAUGGAGUUCCAUGAUCAACAGGAAUUGACUGCCUCUUUACCUGAGCCAUUAGCCAAGAAAGAAAAGGAAAGCAAGCCUGGUGAAGAUCUUAAACAUGCUGCCUUAGCUUCUCAGCCCGAGACAAGGGAAAUGUCCUCAGAUAAAAAGGACAGACAAGGCCCAGAAGAAGGGAGAGUGCCUCUCACUCUGUUUGGGCACCCUCUUGGUGCCGGCCCAGAAGACUCGAAACCGAAGGCAGAACCAAGCCUGGUGGUCCCAGGUAUUGAUCUCCCUCCAGAAACCCCAGUUCCAAAAGGACAAAAGGACUGGUUCAUCGAAAUGCCAGUGGAAACAAAGAAGGAUGAGUGGGGUUUAGUUGCUCCGAUAUCUCCUGGCCCUCUGACACCCAUGAGGAAAACAGAUGUGUUCGAGGAUAUCCCAAAAUGGGAAGGGAGACAAUUUGAUUCUCCCAUGCCGAGCCCUUUUCACAGUGGAAGCUUCACUCUCCCUUCAGAUGUGAUGAAGAAUGAAAUAGUGGAAGAAGCGUCGCCUCUUUCCCCGGCCCUAUUACAGUCAGAUGACAAAAAAUCUCUGGAAGAAACCGGUGGCCCGGGAACUGCCAAAGACACUGCUAAAGGCGAAGAGCCCCAUAAGGAUAAACAUUACGAAAUGGCAGAAGUACUAGCCCCAGAGGCAAUCCCCUCACCCAGAGAUGCCCACAUGCUGGAUGUAGAAGAAUGUGUCCCAGAGAAAGUUCUGGAAGAUGACAAAGGAGCCGUCAAGCAAGACAGUGUGCAGAAAAAGGAGACGUCCACCCUGAGUGGUCAGGAAUCUCCACUGACUGAAAAGGAAUCUCAGCUAAAGCUUGAGGGAAAGACAACUGUUCCUGACAAAGAAGCCAUGCCGAAAGAGCGUGAGCCCCCCAAACCGACAGACAAAGAAACAGGUGUAAGUCAGCCCUCCCCAGAGCAUGCUUUCUCAAAAGAACAGAAAGACCAACAGCCUGCCACAGACACACGAAAACAGGAGACAUUCCCUGUGUGUUUGGAGCAAUCAGUGACAAGCUCAGCCCUGACCACUACAGUGCCGGAGAAGGAGCCAGCUGUGCUAAGUGAGAAGAAUGCCAUCGAGGAUCUGUUCGAAGAAAAGGCUGCUGACAAAGGUAACAAAGUCGAAGGAGCUGGGGCUGCAAUAUUAGCUGAGCUUGGUGUGCCAUUUUAUGAAGAUAAGUCGGGAAUGUCCAAGUACUUUGAAACGUCUGCCUUGAAAGAAGAAGUGACAAAAAGCUUCCAGCCAGGAAGUGAUUACUAUGAACUGAGCGACACAAGAGAAAGCGCCCAAGGGCCUUUUGAUACCGUAUCUCCCCUGCAUACACGUGGUGACAAGGCAGGCAAAGAAUUACAGCCUGGCACUCCAGCACAAGAAACGGGCUAUAGCACUCUUGCAAAGAGUUACCCACCCGAUUUACCUGAAGAGCCCAGUUCUCCACAAGAAAGAAUGUUCACUAUUGACCCAAAAGUGUAUGGGGAGAAAAGAGAUCUCCAUAGCAAGAAUAAGGAUGAUCUGACACUAAGCAGGAGCUUAGGACUCGGUGGUAGGUCCGCAAUAGAACAGAGAAGCAUGUCCAUCAAUUUGCCCAUGUCUUGCCUGGAUUCCAUAGCCCUUGGCUUCAACUUCAGCCGGGGGCAUGACCUUUCUCCUCUGGCUUCUGAUAUUCUCACCAACACCAGUGGAAGUAUGGACGAAGGCGAUGAUUACCUGCCGGCCACCACCCCAGCCCUGGAGAAGGCCCCUUGCUUCCCCAUAGAAAGCCAAGAGGAGGAAGAAGAACAAAUACAGGAGGGAAAAGCCACCAGAGAGGGAAACGCUCAAGUCGAGACAGCGUGUGAAUCGCCAUUCCUACCCCAAGAUUAUUACAAAAACGGUGCUGUCAUGGCCCCCGACCUGCCUGAAAUGCUAGACCUGGCAGGCACAAGGUCAAGACUAGCUUCUGUGAGUGCAGACGCCGAGGUUGGCAGGAGGAAGUCGGUCCCAUCAGGGAAUGUCAUUGAGGAGAACCGCACUGGCUUGCCCCCGGUCACUGAUGAGAACCACGUCAUCGUUAAGGCGGACAGCCAGCUCGAAGACAUGGGCUACUGUGUGUUCAAUAAGUACACCGUCCCCCUCCCAUCACCUGUCCAGGACAGUGAGAACUUAUCGGGAGAGGGUGGCUCUUUUUACGAAGGCGCCGAUGAUAAAGUACGACGAGAUUUGGUCACAGACCUUUCCUUGGUUGAAGUGAAAUUGGCAGCUGCCGGAAGAGUCAGAGAUGAGCUCAGUGCUGAGAAAGACGUGUCUCCACAGCCAGGACUGAGUAGGGAGUUUGAGCUGGAGAGGAAAUCCAGUGAUAAGUUGGACACUGUGCCAGAAAAGAGUGAAGAACAUACUGAUUCAAAAGAGCAUGCCCGGGAAUCCGAAGAGGCUGGUGACAAAGUUGACGCGUUUGGAUUAGGAACAACCUAUGAGCAUGCCUUGGCCAAAGAACCGACAGUGUCAAAAGAUGCAGAGAAAGGUCUCAGCUCAGUGCCAGAGGUCGCUGAGGCAGAACCAUCCAAAAAAGCUGCAUCGGAGCUGAAUUUUGCCGCAAAGAGAGCUGAGCAAGGUCACUUAGAUAUUAAAGUCAGCGAGUUUGGACAGAUGGCCUCAGGGCUAAACGUAGAUGCUGGAAAGCCAACAGAGCCUAAAUUCGAGGCCCCCCAGGACCUCACUCUCUUAUCCGGGGCACCUCAGGAGGCAGAUGCGUUUAUGGGCGUUGAGUCAGGCCACGUGAGAGAAGGCACCAAAGUCAGCGAGACGGAAGUUAAGGAGAAGGUGGCCAAGCCUGACCUGGUCCACCAGGAGGCUGUGGACAAAGAAGAGUCCUACGAGUCCAGCGGAGAGCAUGAGAGCCUGACCAUGGAGUCCUUGAAGCCUGAGGAGGGCAAGAAGGAGACUUCCCCGGAAUCUUCUCUCAUUCAAGACGACAUCGCCGUCAAAUCAUCCGUGGAAGUUCCUUGUGCCCCUGCUGUUUCAGAGGCCGAGUUAGCCCAGGAUGAGAGCACGGAUGUCCAGUUGGAAUCUACUCAGCCACCCAAGGAAGAGAGCAAAGAGACCCCAGGCAUCUCCAUCACACCCUCUGAGGUCACAGAGCCAUUGCUUGGAGCCGCCGAGGCCGAACCAGCAGAAGCCCAAACCGAGGAAGAAGAGAUAGAAGCGCGGGGAGAAUAUGAUAAACUGCUCUUCCGCUCGGACACCCUGCAGAUUGCCGACCUGGGUGUCCCCGGCGCCAGGGAGGAGAUGGUGGAGACCUGCCCAGCUGAACACAAAGGCGUGAUCGAGUCCGUGGUGACCAUCGAGGAUGAUUUCAUCACCGUAGUGCAGACCACCACCGAUGAGGGGGAGUCCGGGUCCCACAGCGUGCGCUUCGCAGCCCUGGAGCAGCCGGAGGUGGAGAGGAGACCACCCCCUCGGGCCCAGGCCGAGGAGGAGCUGGAAGUAGAAGAGGCAGCGGAAGUCCAGGCAGGACCCAAGGAUGGCGCCCCCAAGGCUCCAGCUUCCCCUGAGAGAGAAGUGGCUGGGCUCUCAGAGUACAAGACAGAAACCUAUGAUGAUUACAAAGACGAGACCACCAUUGAUGACUCCAUCAUGGAUGCUGACAGCCUCUGGGUGGACACUCAAGAUGAUGAUAGGAGCAUCAUGACAGAACAGUUAGAAACUAUCCCUAAAGAGGAGAAAGCUGAAAAGGAAGCUCGGAGACCAUCUCUCGAGAAACAUAGAAAAGAAAAGCCUUUUAAACCCGGGAGAGGCAGAAUUUCCACCCCGGAAAGAAAAGUAGCUAAAAAGGAACCUAGCACAGUCUCCAGAGAUGAAGUGAGAAGGAAAAAAGCAGUUUAUAAGAAGGCUGAACUUGCUAAAAAAACAGAAGUUCAGGCCCACUCUCCUUCCAGGAAAUUCAUUUUAAAACCUGCUAUCAAAUAUACUAGACCAACUCAACUCUCCUGUGUUAAGCGGAAAACGACAGCAGCAGGCGGCGACUUGUAUCAGGUUCCCAGUGCAUUUAAACAGGCGAAGGACAAAGUCUCCAACUCUACCUUGUCAAAGAUUCCUGCCUUACAGGGUGACACAAAGUCCCCACGAUGCAGCUCAGCCUGCCCUAGUCCGACUAAAAGGACUACAUUUUCUGACGGUUUUUUAACACAGCCCUCCUCCGCGGGCUCCACAGCCCGUUUGCCACACUCAGAAUCAGGGAACAAGCACCAGGAUGGAGUCACCAAGAGCCCAGAGAAGCGCUCUGCUCUGCCAAGACCCUCCUCCAUCCUCCCUCCGCGGAGAGCUGUAUCGGGAGACAGAGAUGAGAACUCCUUCUCUCUCAACAGUUCCUUCUCCUCUUCAGCACGGCGGACCACUAGGUCAGAGCCGAUUCGCAGAGCAGGCAAAAGUGGGACUUCAACACCCACUACCCCUGGGUCAACCGCCAUCACUCCUGGCACCCCUCCAAGCUACUCUUCACGCACCCCAGGUACUCCUGGAACCCCUAGCUAUCCCAGGACCCCUCACACGCCAGGAACCCCCAAAUCUGCCAUCUUGGUCCCCAGUGAGAAGAAAGUUGCUAUCAUCCGUACUCCUCCAAAGUCUCCUGCCACUCCUAAGCAGCUUCGGCUUAUUAACCAGCCACUGCCUGACCUGAAGAAUGUCAAGUCUAAAAUCGGAUCAACAGACAACAUUAAAUACCAGCCUAAAGGGGGGCAGGUUAGGAUUUUAAACAAGAAGAUCGAUUUUAGCAAGGUUCAGUCCAGAUGUGGUUCCAAGGAUAACAUCAAACAUUCUGCCGGGGGCGGAAAUGUGCAGAUUGUUACUAAGAAGAUAGACCUAAGCCAUGUGACUUCCAAAUGUGGCUCUCUGAAGAACAUCCGUCACAGGCCAGGCGGUGGACGUGUGAAGAUUGAGAGUGUAAAACUGGAUUUCAAAGAAAAGGCCCAAGCUAAAGUCGGUUCGCUGGACAAUGCUCACCACGUACCUGGAGGUGGUAAUGUCAAGAUUGACAGCCAGAAGCUGAACUUCAGAGAGCAUGCGAGGGCCCGCGUGGACCACGGAGCAGAGAUCAUCACGCAGUCCCCAGGCAGGUCCAGCGUGGCCUCCCCCCGGCGGCUCAGCAACGUCUCCUCCUCCGGAAGCAUCAACCUGCUCGAGUCCCCUCAGCUGGCCACCCUGGCCGAGGACGUGACCGCGGCGCUCGCCAAGCAGGGCUUGUGAAUCUCUCUCCUUUAGCGUUGGAGUAAUGCUAUUUAGGCGUAGGCUCUGAGCCGGUGUUAUGUUCAUUCUUUACAAACCGUACCAUAGAUAUAAUCUCAUUCCCAAACUCUAGUAACGGUUACAAUUUUAUAUUUAAAAAAAAAACAGGAAAUAGCAUACGCAGCAAUUGCCUUGAUUUCCAUUUGCAACAGAAGACACUGGCUUUAACCUAAGUACGACUGGGCGAUUCUUUUUGCUCUGCUCUGUUUUGCAUGGAGUAUUAUUAUUUAAAAAAAAAAUAAAAAAAUUGCAUUUUCACCUUUCAUGUGCCUGAAGGCUAUCCACCACAUUCUGAAAGGCCUUGUUAACAUCCAAGCUGCUCAUCUCACUAUGCUAUCGCUGGGUGAAACCAUAAAAAGCUUCACGUGGUAACUUAUUGCCGGUUAAAAAUAAAAAUAAAUCAAGGAGUCUGAUGGCAAGAAGGGAAGAGCAUGUAAGAAAUACGGUUUUUUUUAAGGUGUUAUUUUGUAUAAAUGGGAAGAAAGAUGCGAUUAAGUUAUUAACAUUUGGGACCUGGAUAAUUAUAUCAGAGUAUAAGUCAAUUCCAUAAAUUAUUUAA